CGACUCUCGAAUCUAAUUCCAAAUCGUUUCUCCUCUGUCAAAAAUAAAUCAAAACAAAAUCAAACUGACAGCUCUCUUUCACACGAGGACUGUCUUCAAAUUUAAAAACACCACCACCUCUAAAAAUGGGCAAAGUAAAUAAAACUCGUGCACUUAAACAAAAACUCUCCAAACGAAUCGAUGCUACCAAAAAAGCAGUCACAUCCAUUGCAUCGAAAGUCUCAUUCAAAGCCAAGGACAAAUCAUCUGAUACGAACCUUCUACUAUCCCAAACACCCUCUGGUCUAACACCCAAAAAACACAAAAACAAGAAAGAAAAAUUUCGCUUAAAACACAAAAACCUUCUCACCAAAUUUGCUCAACAAAAAAAGCAAAAAAAAGAAGAAAUCGCCAAGAAAAAUCGAGAAAAGACUGCCGUUGUUGGUGACAUGAAAAAGCUUAAAGAUGCUCUGCCAUCUUUAGAUGAACUAUUUAAACUGAGUCGGGAGAAUAUCAAAACCGGAGUUCCAAUUGAGGAACCUCAAGUUCCUAAGAAAUUGAACACGAAAGAUAAAAUUAAGAAAAAGAAUAAACAACUUGUUAACCGGGUGAGUUCAUUGCAAGCUCUACUUAAGGAUCCUGACUUUAAGAAGAAUCCUAGAGAAGCAAUUGCCUAUCAUAUUAAAUAUACAAAUGGUUUGAUAGAAUAAAAAUA